AUGAUGCUGCAUGCAGACGGUGAGGCACUCAUGUGCCAAAUAUUCCCUAGCAGUCUGGGACUGCUCGCCGUCAGGUGGUAUUACAAGCUUGAGCCAACUUCAAUUGAGAGUUUCCAUCAACUUCAAAAAUCCUUCAGGGCUAGGUUCAUCACCAAUGAGACCCAGCUGAAACAAUCAGACUCACCGUGGACAAUGAAAAUCAAGACUAAUGAAACCCUACGCGAAUAUUCAGUUCGCUAUUGGGAGUGCUUUAAUUUGGUGGAUGACGAUUGCAACGAUUCCACGACAAUUACAGCCUUCAAGAUGGGGUUGCAUCCCGAUAGCUCACUUAGGAGUUCGCUGACUCGAAAACCUUCCAAGAUAGUCUGGGCUCUGAUGAAGAAAGUAAAAGAGUAUUGCAAAGUGGAAGACGAUGCAAUACGCGUUAAAGGUGGAUUGGAAGUUGCAGAAAUGACAACACCUAUCCUGGUAUAG